AUGACAUCACCUUCUUGUUCAUCUUUCCAAUCUCCAAUUACCACCAAUGGAUCGUCAAGUUUAGUCUGGGAAGAUAUUCCAUUGGACAGUGAAUGUGUUGUCAACCAGGAUGACAAAUCAACAAAAAGAAAUGUUAAUUGUUAUGUUAAUUAUGAUGAGGUAAACAACAAUUGGAAUCGUAAUAAUCAUUUUGUUAAAGAUGAAAAUGAUCUUGAUGAUGAUGAUGAUGAAGAUGAUGAUGAUACUUUAUAUUUUGAAGAAUCAGCAAGUGAAUAUCGGACACCACCAGGAUCACCUAAAUUAUUUUAUUCCAGUGAUGAGACAAUAAAUAAAUCACUUUAUCAACAUAGUGACUCUUUUCAUGGACAAUCAUCAUUACCUUUGGGCAAUCAUUUCCGUUCCAAUUCAAUUGGUGGUUGUAAUGAGUCACUUAAAUUAUCUUACCGGAAAAAGGGAAGAACCGGAUCUUUGGUUGAUCAAUUAUUGAAUGAUAUACAUUUUACUUUAAGGAAAACUGACCAUAGACGGACAAGUCGCUGUUCGGACACAAGUAGCCUUUCACCUCCUGAUUUUACCUACAGAUUACCACAUAUAAGGAAAGCAAAUCUACUCGCCAAAGAUAUUAGUGAACUACAAGUGCUACUCAGUACAUUGGAAUGUGAUAUUAAAAGGAUGAAUUCUAUUCUACUUCAUCAUUUAAAGAAAAAAGAUCGACUCCAUUUUCAACGUGGACAACUUUUCGAUAUAAUUACUGCCGCUCUUCAGGCCAUCUCACCAAAACGACUGGACACCAAGAUGAGGUUUUCAAUUGAACCAAGUCCAGGAGAUUCUGGUUUCAAUCAAUGGCAUGAUGCCAUGAGGAUGGUGGCUCGGCUUCCAGGGGGAAUACCAAAUGAAUUCAGAAAAAAGUUAUGGUUAACAUUAUCUGAAAGAUUCAUUGAGAGUCGAAAUAUUAAUUGGAGUAAAACUUCAAAGUUCUGUUUCAAUGAGAAGUGUAACCCUGAAGAUGAUUCCCUUGGAACCCAAAUUGUAAAGGAUCUCCAUCGAACUGGUUGUAGUAUGUUCAGUGGCGCUGAUUCUGAACACAAUCAAGCGCUUCUCAAACAAGUUUUACUUGCUUAUGCUCGUUGGAAUCGAGGUGUUGGUUAUUGUCAAGGGUUUAAUAUGCUCGCAGCAAUUAUCCUGGAAGUCAUGGAUUGGGACGUUGAUAAUUCACUUAAGGUAAUGAUUUAUCUGAUUGAAGGAGUUUUGCCAACCAGUUAUUUCGCCAACAAUUUAAGAGGCCUUUCCGUGGACAUGGCCACUUUCCGUGAUCUCUUACGUCUUCGACUUCCUGAACUGUCCAAACAUCUUGAUAAAUUGCAAAACCAAGCCGCAGAUACAAGUACCGGGGCCAGUUACGAACCCCCACUGGUCAAUGUAUUCACCAUGCAAUGGUUUUUGACCCUCUUCUCAAAUUGCCUGCCCAAACCAUUGGUCUUACGGAUUUGGGAUCUGAUAUUUUUGGAAGGCAAUGAAAUCCUGAUCAGAACUGCCUUAGUAAUUUGGGAUUGUCUUCAAGACCGUAUAAUUAACGUUGAAAGUGCUGAUGAAUUUUAUUCAAUCAUGGGAGUUUUAACUCGAGAGAUGAUGGAGUUUGGAGUUAGAGAUACAAAUGAACUUGUAAAGACCAUUUGUACCAUGGCACCAUUUCCGUUUCCACAAUUAGCUGAUAUUCGUGAGAAAUAUACAUUUAAUAUAAGACCAUUAACUUCAUUGGUUAAGAAAGGAGUCAAUUUGUUUUACUCUGAUGAAGAGGAAGAUGAUUCAACUACCGAUACAAUUAUGGUAGCAAGUUGGUGUCUAUCUAAUGGCCUGACCAAUGAAAAGAGUAGAGAACGAAGCGGAAGUCGAGCCACCUCACCUUCAACCCUUGAUGGUUUCAGCAAUAGUUUAUCAAUGAUCGGCUCAACAAUUGGCUCCAAUUCAACAAAUUUCCUAUCAUCGGCUAAUAUUGACCCCCAAAGGAUGAGCCUUGACAUAUCGCUAUUAAAAAAGCAAUACAUGAAACUUAAGGAGCGCCAACGACAAGCUCACAUUAUCCUAAUUGAGGGAUUUCAAAAUGCUCAAUCAAAUUCAGUUACCAAGAAACAAUCAAUGACGGUUAAUCAUUUAUUACAAGGUAAAACUGCUCUAAUUGCCAAGCGACCCAGAAAACCAUGUUCGGUGCGUCAACCUACAAUCGGAAGUGCUAUCGGAGUUGGUAUCAUCGGGGGAGGACGAAGUACCGUAGUUACUGGUACUAAUAAUGUCGGACGAUGUCCAGUUUCCAAGAAAUGUCUCUCUGAACGGUCAAAAACUGUCGCCGAUCUUGACCCCUUGUUAAAAUCUGCAAAGGUUACUCUUGAAGAGAAAGGAAAAGAAUCGGGAGAAACGCUUCAUUGGAAUGACCUGAGAAUUGAACGUAAAAAGAAUCGUAUCACUAGGAAAUUAUCUGAACCCUCUUUGUCCGUUUGUAGGGAACAUGAGGAAAGUGAAUUUCCUGAAGAUGAAGAGGAUGAGGAAUCUAACGAACCGGAAGUGGCCUUUAUUGGUUAUUCAAGUUCCGCUAAAUUAAAUUCAAAGGCAAACGAAGAGUUAGAAAAUCAACUAAACCAUUGAAUGGAUCUAAACGGGAAAAUUCAUUAGAUUCUGAUGAUCAUGAUGAUGAAGAUCAUGUUAUGAGCAGUUCAUCAUCCGAUAUUAGUAGUUCCAGUAUUUUAAGCAGUGAUUCAGAUUCAAGUUCAACUGAGCUUUGUGAUGAAAUUGAUGAUGAUGAUGAAGAUAAUGUUAACCAUAAUUGUGAUGUUGAUUCAUUGCCUGAUGAUAAUGAAAACCACAAUAAUAAUAAUGGUGAAACUGUUGAUCAUCUAAUCAAUAAUCCUUUAGGGGUUAACAAUUCAAAAUGUUCAAGGAAAUUGAUAAAACAUAAAAAACGAAAUGAAACUCAAUCAAAAACCGGAAACGGAAUUGAUAAAGAAAGUGAUAACCAAAUUAGUGCCAAAAAUUGCCUUAAUAAUACAGUUAAUCAUCAUCAUCAUCAUCAUCACCAUAGAGUUAAAAAAAUCUCGGAUAAGAAGGUGAUUAACUUGCCAAAUGGUGAUGAGAAACAAUUAGUUAAUCAUCAACAAUUAAAUAAUCUUAGUCAAGUUGAGAUUAAUCUAAUUACCAAUGGAGACGAUUCUAUUGAUGAUAUUAAACGGCAAUUGUCUGAUUUAAGUGUUGAACAAUGUAUUCAGAAAUUAAAUGAGAAAAUAUCUUCAUUAAGUUCAGAUUAACUUAAUUGUUGAUGAUUAAUUUUAAAUAUCCCAAUAAUUAUGAUGCAAAAACAAUCAAAUUAUAAAUAUAAAUGAAAUUAUUUGUUCAAUUUACCUUUUAAAAAAAUGAAUACAAAUUGUAAUCAUCGAUUGU